GGACCACCAUUUAUUUCCUAAUCCCUUGCAUAGGGACUCAGUGGAUACAUGUCCUUUCAACAGAUAUUAAGUGAAUACCCUCCAUUCGUGUGCCAGAUGGCAUUCCAGGCUCUCAGGAUCAAUCAGUGAGCAGACAGCCCAAGACCUGUGUUCCUACAGGCUUUCCAUUGUAGUAGAAAUUGGAAUCAAAGUGAAAGGGAGGGUUUUUGUUUUUGUUUUUUCCCUCCAUGCUUUCAUGGCAAUGAAGAGAGUGUAUUUGUUGUCUAAUGUCUUAAAGUCUGGCCAUCGUAAGAUUUGGGGAAGCCAACGUGGCAUCUGCUCCUAAAUAUGAAUGUGCCAGCCAGACAGGGCCCUGUGAUCCCCUGGGCUUGCGUCUGGACUGAAGCUGCUGCUGCCCUGAGGACCUGCUCACUUGAUUGAACGGCGCCUGGAUGCAGUUCGGUCAAUGUGCCACCAUUCUCACAAGCGACUGACAACCUGCUUCCAGGGCCAGCAUGGUACCGAUGCUGAGAGGAGACAUAAAAAGCUCCCUCUGACAGCUCUCGCUCAGAAUAUGCAAGAGGCAGCAACACAGCUGGAAGACUCUCUCCUGGGGAGGAUGCUGGAGACAUGUGGAGAUGCCGAGAAUCAGCUGGCUCUAGAGCUCUCUCAGCACGAGGUCUUCGUGGAGAAGGAGAUUGUGGACCCAUUAUAUAGCAUAGCAGAGGUGGAGAUUCCCAACAUCCAAAAACAGAGGAAACAGCUUGCCAAGUUGGUGUUAGACUGGGACUCAGUCAGAGCCAGGUGGAACCAGGCUCACAAAUCUUCAGGAACCAACUUUCAGGGGCUUCCGUCAAAAAUAGAUACCCUAAAGGAAGAGAUGGAUGAAGCUGGAAAUAAAGUAGAACAAUGCAAGGAUCAGCUUGCAGCAGAUAUGUACAACUUCAUGGCCAAAGAAGGGGAGUAUGGCAAGUUCUUUGUCACGUUAUUAGAAGCCCAAGCAGAUUACCAUAGAAAAGCAUUAGCAGUCUUAGAAAAGGCCCUUCCCGAAAUGCAAGCCCAUCAAGAUAAGUGGGCGGAGAAGCCAGCCUUCGGGACUCCAUUGGAAGAACACUUGAAGCGAAGUGGCCGGGAGAUCGCGCUGCCCAUCGAAGCAUGUGUGAUGCUGCUGCUGGAGACCGGCAUGAAGGAGGAGGGCCUUUUCCGAAUUGGGGCUGGGGCCUCCAAGUUAAAGAAACUGAAAGCUGCUUUAGACUGUUCUACUUCUCACCUGGAUGAGUUUUACUCAGACCCCCACGCCGUAGCAGGUGCUUUAAAGUCCUACUUACGGGAAUUGCCUGAACCUUUGAUGACUUUUAAUCUGUAUGAAGAAUGGACACAAGUUGCCAGUGUGCAGGAUCAAGACAAAAAACUUCAAGACUUAUGGAGAAUAUGUCAGAAGUUGCCACCACCAAAUUUUAUUAACUUCAGGUAUUUAAUUAAAUUCCUUGCAAAGCUUGCACAGACCAGCGACAUUAAUAAGAUGACUCCCAGCAACAUUGCCAUUGUAUUAGGCCCUAACCUGUUAUGGGCCAAAAAUGAAGGGACGCUGGCUGAGAUGGCAGCCGCCACCUCUGUGCACGUGGUUGCGGUAAUCGAACCCAUCAUUCAGCACGCCGACUGGUUCUUCCCUGAAGAGGUGGAAUUUAAUGUAUCAGAAGCAUUCGUACCUCUUGCUCCCCCAAAUUCCAAUCAUUCAUCCCACACUGGAAAUGACUGUGACUCGGGGACGCUGGAGAGGAAGCGACCUGCCAGCAUGGCAGUGAUGGAAGGGGACUUGGUCAAGAAGGAGAGCUUUGGUGUGAAGCUUAUGGACUUCCAGGCCUACCGGCGGGGUGGUACCCUAAAUAGAAAGCACAUAUCCCCUGCUUUCCAGCCGCCACUCCCGCCCACAGAUGGCAGCACCCUGGCUCCAGCAGGCCCAGAGCCCCUUUCCCAGAGCUCUAGGGCUGAAAGCAGCGCAGAGGGUGGGCCUGUCCCCUCCUCUGUGGGCAUACUGGAGCAGGGGCUGAGCCCUGGCGACAGCAGUCCUCCCAAAGUCAAGGACUCUGCAGUUGCAGCUGUGCCCACACCUGCUCCGGGGAGAAAUAGCAGUCAGGUAGCCACUGGCCAAAGCCAGGGGCAGAUGGUUGCCAGCUCCCAUCAGCUCUCUGUCAGCCCAGCACCACACGGGUCCACUGGCUCUAGCCCUCAUACGUUGCGCCGAGCUGUCAAGAAACCUGCUCCAGCACCUCCGAAACCAGGAAACCCACCUCCCGGCCAUCCGGGGAGCCAGAGUUCCUCAGGGACAGCGCAGCAGGCACCCAGCUUGUCACCGAAGCCGGCCACUGGAAGUCCGUCUCCUCCCAGCCAGCACACAGGCCCAGCCCACGGGCAGCCAUCAGCCACCUCGCAGCAGUGUGCGCCCCGCAGAUCCUCAGGCAGCCUGGCUCCUAUGCAUGCGCCCAGUCACCCCCCACCGCAGCCCCCCACGCAGGCCCCACAGGCCCAUGCCAGGCCAGGUGGCCAGGGUCUGCCUGCUGAGCAGGCACUGGAGCAGUCCUCGCACACCCCGCCCAGGACGCCCACUCCCCCCAGCACUCCGCCCUUAUCAAAGCAGAGCCUGGGUCUGCCGGCAUCUCUGCCCCCCACGGUGGGCCACCCUGAGACUGCACAGCCACAUGCUGGGACCUUACCCCGACCGAGACCAGUACCAAAGCCCAGGAACCGACCCAACGUGCCCCCACCCCCUCACCCUCCUGGUGCCCACCCAGUGGGGGAUGGCAGCCUCUCCAGUGCAGUGCCCACUGCCUCCAAAAUAGUAACUGACACCAAUUCUAGAGUGUCAGAACCACUUCACAGUAUCUUUCCUGAAAUGCAUCCAGACUCAGCAAGCAAAGAACUGCCUGGCCGCAUUCUGUUGGAUAUGGACAAUGAUACAGAAAGUACUGCCCUUUGAAGAAAGCCACCACAGCCCUGACCCCUUCCACCCUUGUGAAUGGAAUGGGGCAGGCAGACAUUGACCUCUGCAGACCAAACAGUGAGCAGCUUUCAAUGGAGGGAAGGAGGAAGCCUGACCACACAGAACUUUGCCUUCUCGCAGCCCAGCAACAGAGUGGAGGCUGACACUUAAAGCUGAAUGAUCUGUGUCCUCAAGAAACUGGUUUUCUUUGCCUAGGAAAGAAAUCACGCCAAACAAAAUGAAACAGAAACCUGGAGUGGAGAAAGUAUAAUUGUGGAGCUUUGUCACUGCCGUCACUGCCGUCCCUGCACACGCGCCGACGGCAAUUUGGAAUGAAUAACAGCAACGCGUUACUCUCUAUUUAAUAAAACCCAUUCGUUAUGCAACUCGUCUCCUUCCUGCUACUUGGACUUCAUUCUGCUGCAGAGUCAUUUGGUAUGAAGUGCAGUCUGUUUCCCUGACCCCUCACAGCUGUGAGCAUCUGUGGUGACUGCUGGAUCUGUCACCACAGCAAACUGGAUGUAACUUGUGCCUUGUUGGAUUGUCAGAAUGUAGAAAGACAUGGACUGUUCUUUUUUUAAAAACCAUGUAAUUGCUACUUGAUAAGGACCGAACAUUAUUCUAGUUUCAUGUUUAAUUUGAAUUAAAUAUAUUCUGUGGUUUAUAUAAAAACUUUAUCAUUCUUGGAGGAAAAACUGGUUGUGUGUAUGUAUGUGCAUGCACAUUCACUUAACCAAAUAGAAUUGUGGCUGAGCCACCCGGGGGGUCGAAAUGUGACCGUAGCUGGUUGAAAGAAUAGACAACAAGGUCAUAGCAGUGUCACCAGCCAACAGGUGCUCCAGAGACCUCCUGACCGGCUGUCCCUCAGUGAAUGCUCCAAGGGUAAGGCCCUCCCUUUGCUUUUACAAGUCCUGUCCCCCUUUCCUGUCCAUCUAAACACACUUAGACUAUUGUGACCGCCCUGCAGCCCCACAGGCCUCUUGCAGAAGUCAAAGCCAUUACUCUCCAUAGGAGUUCCAGUUCCCAGUGACUGGAAGGCACUUCUUUUGCAGGAUUGAACUACUUGGGAAGAGCUGAUGGGGAAUUGGAGUAAAGUGAGGUCAGCAGACAGGAUGGCUGUUCCAGUGGUAGCCCUCCUUUUGGCCCGGAUUUUAUCAUAUUCUCUCUAGAAGAAAGAGGAGCAUGUCACCACUGUUUGCUGGGCUUAUGAUCUGGAACUCCUUCCACUGUGAAUUAACUCAGCAAGUUUAACUUGAAAAGGGCAAUUUCUUUUGUUUUUAACUCAAUGUUCCCUGUGCCUUGAAGUACUCUCUACAUUAGUUACACUGAGAAUAUGGACCUAUAAGCCCAUUUCAUCCCAUAGCUUUAUAUUUGCCUAAGGCUCACUCUUUCCCUCCUCGUACACCAUCCACAUGCGAUCUUUCUGUGCAUCCCUUUAGCUGUAGAAUAAACCCUGUAGAGAAAGCAAAGGUCUCAACACUGCUCAUCUGUGUUGAGCUCCUACAGGGAGCCCAGAUGUCCACGGUCUGGCACCUGUAGCACCUCAGAGAUGCCUCUACCAUGAUGCCUGAGCUCCCACUCAGGAGGAAGCUGGAAUGUGGUUCCUGGUGCCUAGGAACCAGGAAAGUCCAUGGUGGACAUCUUCCUGGAAUGCAGCAUGUGUUUUGUUAAUGCUGAUUCUGAAAUACUAGCCAUACCCUCAUUAUCUUAAGAAUGUUGUUCACUUCUCACUGUCCCAUUGUUUAUUACAACCUCCCUACCUCAACAGCUCCAAUUUAAAGAAAAAUUACUUGACACUGUGUGUGUGUGUGUCAGAAGUCAAUACCAAGUCAAGGCUAUCAUCCAUCUUGAUGGGUGGGUCAUAGCAUGAGGGCUGGUCGUACAUUUGGAGUUGGAAAGGCAUCAUGGUGGGAGCAUCUCCAAGAUGCCACAGAGAUGUGACUGCCCUUGCUGGUGGGCCGCCACAUUCGUCUCCUGGCACUACACAUGGCGGAGCUCCUUGGGCAAACUUGUGUCUUCCCACACUCUUCCCCACCUGACUCCACCUUCCCAUCCACACAGGUGUUCACAAACCAUACACAGUGUCAGUUAUCUCCUGCUACAUGACACACACCCACAAACCUAGCAGCUUAAAAGAACACACAUUUAUGAUCUCACAGUUUCUGUGGUUAAGGGGUCCCAGAACGGCUUACCCAAGUCCUCUCUAGGCAGCGGUCAAAGUGUCAACCAGGACUGGGGCCCAUCCGGAUAUUUGACUAGGGAAGGAUCCACUCCUAAGCUCCUUCAGGUUGUUGUCAGAACUCAUGUGGAGCCCUGGCUGAUGUGGCUCAGUGGAUUGAGCACAGGCCUGUGAACCAAAGGAUUGUGGUUUGAUUCCCAGUCAGGGCAUGUGCCUGGGUUGCAGGCCAGGUCCCCAGCAGGAGGAGUGUGACAGGCAACCACACACCGAUGUUACUCUCUUUCUCUCUCUCUCUCCCUUCCCCUCUCUCUAAAAAUAAAUAAAUAAACUCCUAAAAAAGAAAAAGAAAAAAGUUCUUGUGGCUGUAGGCCCACAAGUUCUGAGGGCCCUGGCUGCUGGCUUGUCAUCAUCUGGAGGCUCCCUGCACUUCCACUUCAGUAAGCCAUCAAGGACCAUCUCUCAAGUGAGUCUGCUAGCAGGACAGUCCUACAUGAAAUAAUAUCAUUAACUACAGACCAACAUUUGCCACAGUAUUCUAUUGGUUAGAAGCCAGUCACUGCUGCAGUCCUAGGAGGGGAUUACAUAAAGGCACAAACACCAGGAAGUGGGAGCACUGAGGGUCAUCUUACCGUAUAGCCAUUACACACACACUAAAAUGUCAUCACAAAUGACACAUGGGAGUAUAUUUGAGCCAAAUAUGUUUUUGGAAGUACAAAAAAUUCAUCAAGGUUCUGUUUUUGCUCUCUGAAUUUAGUUUUUGUGCACAUCAAUA